GUACCUACGCAGGUUCCGUCAGAUGAAGCUGAAGCUGCUGCAGCGUUGGAGCUUCCAGAUCCUGAAGGGGCUGCAGUUCUUGCACUCACGCUGCCCCCCCAUCCUGCACCGAGACCUCAAGUGUGACAACGUCUUCAUCACUGGACCCUCCGCCUCCGUCAAGAUCGGAGACCUGGGCCUCGCCACGCUCAAGAAGGCCUCGUUCGCUAAGAGUGUUAUCGGGACCCCAGAGUUCAUGGCUCCGGAGAUGUAUGAGGAGAAGUAUGAUGAGGCUGUGGACGUUUACGCCUUCGGCAUGUGCAUGCUGGAGAUGGCGACGUCUGAGUAUCCGUACUCCGAGUGUCAGAACGCCGCCCAGAUCUACCGCAAAGUCACCAAUGGAAUCAAACCCAACAGUUUCUCCAAAGUGAAAGUCCCCGAGCUGAAGGAAAUUAUUGAAGGCUGCAUUCGAACCAACAGCAAUGAGAGGUUCACGGUUCAGGACCUGCUGGAUCACCGGUUCUUCCAGGAGGAGCUGGGAGUCCACGUGGAUCUGGCCGAGGACGACGACGGCUCGAAGGUGGCUCUGAAGCUCUGGCUCAGGAUGGACGACAACAAGAAGCUCCACGGGAAAUACAAAGACAACAACGCCAUCGAGUUCCUGUUCGAGCUGUACAAAGACGUCCCCGAGGAGGUUGCCCAGGAGAUGGUGGUGUUGGGAUUCGUGUGUGAGGCAGACUAUAAGCUUGUUGCCAUGGCGAUCAGACACAGAGUGACGGCUAUAAAGCGUCAGCGGGAGAAACAGCACCGCCUGCUGGAGGAGAACCGCCAGAAGGAAGCCGUCAUUGAGGAAGAAUCUGAUCCCGCCCCCCAUUCACCUGAAGCGGCCAAUCAGAAGUCUGCAGCCGCCACAAGCUCGUCUGCUGGGAAGGUGGCCAGUCAGCCCUUCCCCACCUGGAUCCAAGCCCCGCCCUCUGUAAGGACGACAUCUUCGACGCUGUCAUGGAGCAGCCCGGUGGAUUCUGGGAUCGGCAGUGUCUCCAGUCGGACGGAAGGAGACCGAGACGAGGAGGACGACAAGAUCUCCAAACAUACCUCAUAUUCCUCCGCUACAUCGGACUGUGAGAUGGACACCUCCUUCGGUUCCUUUGGGGUCCCAGAUAAGGUGGAAGCCACGCCCCCUCCAGUCACAAACCCCGCCCCCCUACCUUCUAUCCCUGCCCCUGCUCCGGUGGCUCAGGAAACUCCUCGACAUGAAGCUGCUCCUCCCCAUGUGACCCGGGCUCCAUUCAAAGGCCCGCCCCUCCCUGUGCUGCGUUUCCCCAAGGUAAACAGGGGGCGGGGCUAACGUAGAGGUAGGGGGCGCGGCUUCAGCUAUAACAGGAGUGAGAUAUUUGUUCUGUUUUACCCAGGAAGUACGCACAUAGGUGGAAAGUAAAGAAAGUAUUUAAAGGCGUACUGCACAGGAUUUGUCCGUCACUGUUUCUAAACGCAUCAUUCAGAUUCGGCCCCGCCUCCCCAGAGAGCGCAAGCACCUGUGGUCGAGCUACAUAGAGAAUGAAUAAGGAGAGUGACGUUAGCAAGAAAUAAAAUGUAUGUUUUCUGAUUGUUUCACAGCGGUUACGUUCUAAAGCACAAAUAAACAUUGACACGCCUCGGCACAACCCCGGAGGGUUAUUAAAAUACAGGCAGAUAAAGUCACGCCACAAAUAAUGUUUUCUGCUUUCCCUCCGAUGUUUCUAUGAUGCUUUGCUUUAACUCUCUGUGAUUUACAGAGUUUCAGAGACAUUAGCCAACAACUGGCCUUAGCUUGUUGUUAGCCACUUCAGCCGCUAACUAUGUGUUGCUGUAGUAUGUAUGUAGUUAGGUGACUGUGGUUGGACCGGGGGCUCAGAGCUCAGGGCUCAGAGCUCAUUAGCUCAUUAGCAGCAGUUAGCAGUUAGCUAACAGCUAUGAGUAAAUAUCCAUCUGUGAACUCUGUAAAUCCCUGA